AUGGCUAACACAGUCAGAAAACUCUUUCUAGAUCACAAUAAUUCACCGUGUAUGUCCAUCAAAAAAAAUUCGGAAAAAUGGAAACCUUGA